AUGUUCAUUCAUGAUAGGCAAGGAUCAGAGCAGAGCCAAGCACACAUGAUGAACACGAACAGUACUCGAGUUUCACCAAUACUACACGAGAAAGUUGGGAUCGACUUCCGCCGACUGCGCCUCGAGGCCCGGAGGACGGCGACGGCGACCUGGGAGCCAUUGCCGCGCCGGCUGACCGCUGACCACGUACAGAGGACACUGACAGUGCUGCUUGCCACCGCGCGCCGCCGCCGCUUUGCUCAGGCCCUCCCGGAGCAGCGGCAGCUUCUUCUCCAGGUCGGGGAGCGGGAUGUUGACAGAGCGGGGAAUGGAGGCGAUCCUAAAGUGGUGCGCCGGCCGGACGUCGAGCAGGAGGUGGGGCUCGCCGCUGUCGAGCAGCCGCUUCUAUUCCCGGCAGACGCGCGGGUGGCCCAGGACGCGCCGGAGCGCGGCGAGGUCCAGUUCCACGGACCGGCGCGCCGCCGCGGCGUCCUCGAGCGGGCACGGCGGGCGCGGAUUCCGGACGGCCUUGACGGCGACGUGGACGCCAACCGGCGCGCCGCCGCGGCAUCCUCGGGCGGGCACCGCGCGCGGGACGUCCACACCAUCGGCGUCAACGCUUCAGAGAAAAUCACCUCCACACCAUCGCAUAGGCAGCUCUGCCAUCAUCCAUCCGAGCUGUGGUUUCCUUCCUUUUCAUACCUACUCAUGGAGUCUUCAGAUACGGUUCCCUUACAGUCAGAAGGUGUUCAGCAAGGUUCUCCACGGAUCUGCUCAACUAGAAGGACAGAUACUUGUCAGCGGUUGGUGAAUAGGAUGCCUAUCAACCCGAAGCUAGCUGUAUUCGAGAGCACACAGGAGAGGUUCGAGGUACUUCUUCGACCCGAGUUGCGAUCAUCUUAUCCAGUGGGUGGUGGCCCUGGAUCGUCUUUUCAACAGCUACCCAACCGAAAUGUUCCUCAACAGAGUUAUGUUCCUGAUGAUCCUGGCGCUGAUUUUAUUGCGGUUGACCAUGCUCCGGGGCGCAAUAAAUCUGUUCGCCGUAUGAGGAAUGCUGCUGAUGAUCGCACCGGGGUUGUAGAUCGCCGUAGGAAGAAGUUUCGGUCCUCUCACCGCUCUUCAAAGGAAAAGAAUAGUGCAGCUGAUAAUUCUAGGCGAUUAACCGAUUAUUUCCUUGCCCAGGAUGGCACAGAGGCUCCACCAAGACCCAGGAACUUCAAUGUUGGUUUGGAUGACAUGACCAACGUCCCUAAGAUUCGUAUUCCACGUUUGCGUGAUCUCUUAGCCCGUCCAUUGGGUUGUCUCACUGGUCACCCCUUGCAAGCAUUUAAUGAAUUGUUCGACCAGUUUGACCAAACCUUAUCUGAGAACACUUGUGCCAUCCAAGCUUCUCUAUGCAACAUUGCUAGAGCUCCUUAUCGUCUAGCUGAAAAGUGUGGACCGGUAAUAGAGGAGCUUAUUGCUGCCCAGAGGUCGGCUUCUGACCCUAACAAUAUUGGGGAGACUUCACGGAGGAACAACUCAGGCACCGAAGAUGACUUUGUCGAUCCUCACAACGGUGGCACACAUCGAUCCCCACAAUCCAUUCUGAUUAUGUACUUUUUUUAA